CCUGGUUCCGGCUUUUACCGGAUAUGGAAGCGCUCGCUUAGUGGGCGCCAUCAACAACAUGACGGUGCCUCUUCAAAUGUAAAAUUUGAAAGAAUUGUCUCUUUUGUAAUGUGCCUAAUCCUGGCGUAAUAGCCGACGUUGGCACCAUUGUUUUAGGGGCAGUUACCGUACGUGGCUCGGACAACCCGCUGGGAUUCAUCAAAUGGUUUCCUCUUUCCUCUGUGCUGCGGGCGGCAGUUGUUGGGUCGGUGGACAGAGACCACCCAGAGGAUUGCCCCGACUGGCUCAUUAUGUCUGAAGACUUGAGCAGUGAUGAAGAAUGGUGUGUACCUACUGAAAAGAAGGACGAUGACGCACAACGAAAGGCGAAAUGUUGGGAAUGUGGUAAAAAAUUUGGCAAAAUUAAAAGCUUGAUGUUGCACUACAAAAGCCACGACGUAAAAGCCACCUGCCACAUCUGCAAAGUUAACUUCCGACGUCUGACGUCUCUCUCCAUCCACCUGGAUAAUGUACACUUGCCACCCUUUUGCAAAAAGUGCAAACAGUAUUUUAGUAGCUCGUGGGAAUUGAACAAGCACGUGGAGACACAGUGCAUCGGCUCGCCAUUUAAAAAACCUCCUCUUCUGAUGUUUGCGCCCAUAUAUCAGAGUCAGAACAGUGACAACCUUCCCAUUGACGAGACCGCGCAGCAAAAAACAAAGUCAGUGCAACGUGACCCAGUGUCGGAGCUGAGGCCUCCACAAAGCAUUGAAAUGAAGCCUGAGAAAGCUGGGGCAUCUGAAAGCAAUGUAGAUUAUAUACCGGGUGCAGAGGAUGAAGAUAUUCACAUGGAAAAUGACUGUGAGAAAGAAGAUGACUCAUCGAGCACUGAAUCCGAAGAUGAAGAUAUACCCUCAAAAUCUGCAGAUGAUCCGGAAUCUGAUGGUGACUCGAGUUCAUCUGAUUCUUCCAGUGACUCCUCACAAAGUUCGCACUCUAAACCCCCACCGGCAGCUCUUCCUUAUGUUAAUAGCUCAAUAUGUGCUGCGUGUGGAAGAGGGCCAUUUCGGUCAAUGAAGCUACAUUUACUGCACUGUAGUGGUGUUAGGGUAAAAUAUCAGUGUUCAGUGUGCAAGAAGCUGUUUCUAACCGAGGUGUCUGUUAAGGAACACUACAUGCCUUUGUAUUCUUGUGAAAUCUGUAGCCAAGUUUUCCCUUAUGAGAGCUCGUAUCAACACCACCAGUGUCCCAAGGGACCCAAAUCCCCCCUGGUCCUCUUUUGUCCAGAGUCAAUGCCGCAAGCGUGUCACAUAUGUAAAUUCUUUUUCACCUCUGAGAAAACUUUGUUAAACCAUGUCACUAAAGUUCACACAUCAGUGGUCAGCACCAAGGUGUGUAUCAUUACCAACCCAUCAGCAUUCACCGAUACAAAUGUUUCACCCUGUGUCCUUAGGACAGAAACCCAGUUAGCCAACAGCAGUCCAAAGGAGGUCUAUCAGGUCAUGCAUGGGCAGUUCCGUGCUGGCCAAACCUAUGUAGGGUCUCUCGCCACUGUUGUGAAAUCUAGCCCUCCCCGUGACUCAACCUCCUCCCAUGCAGACGGACCACAUGCCACUAUAUGCACGGUGUCUUCUGCGGCACCUGUUAGAUCGCGCAAAGACAGUGUCGGAAGUCCAAAGGACCCGUUUGUCCCUCCUGAAGCGGCAGACUCAUCUCCUGCCGCUGCGGCCCCUGCUCCUCUCGCGCGGGCGACGCCUACGAUUAUGGCUUUGUUUAAGAACGACAGCCACAACGCGGCUUUGAUGAAACGUAUGAACACUGGCUGGCGUUCCAAGACCCCUCACCCCUGCAGGCAGUGUGGUGCCAUCCUACGGCAGCCCUCUUUCAUCAUCAGCCACCGCUACCUCCACAGGGGCCGCCGCUCACACAAGUGCCAGUGCGGACGAGCUUUUAAGAACCAGCUGCACCUGCUGCGACAUUGCGUGCAGCACGCGGAGACGGUAAGCUACAUCUGCGUCGGCUGCGGGGAGACUUUCAAGGGAGCCAAGCACUUUGCUGAGCACACAAAGGACACGUCACGGAGGAAAUACUUUUCUGGACAUACUUGGAAAUGUAAAGUUAAGAGAAAGUGCAGAAUGCCCUUUACAUGUGACUGUGGACACCGCUUUUUUCGGCCGUCGGCUUACAUUUGGCAUCAACUUAAAAACAGGACUAUUGUGAAGACCUGAAGGAGCCUUCGGAAUGAUGAUGCAGAUACACCCCUUUUUUAUAAUGGACUUUUAGUUACUUUUCUCCAGCUAUGUGCAUCACACUUUAAAACAAAGUUUUACGAGAGCUCUUUCACAUUCAUACCUGCGAAAUUCAUAAGGAGGGAAAAAAGAUGAUAGAAUAAUCAUACAAACUAGGCUGGGUGAGGUUUGAAUUUCUUAAACAAAAUUCACAAACCAUGUUCAAUUAUGACAUUACGAUUAUUGGUACAGUAGUCUGUUUAAUUUUUUGAUGACAAGCAAAUCACAUACAAAUACAUUAAUCCUAAAUGCAUUUUACAUAGAAGCAUGUCCUGGAUAGAAGGACAUGUUUUCAUCUCGUGGAAAUGAUACAUGACAUACUGUAUAUAAGCAAUGUUUCAACAAGUUCCUUACAUACAUUAUUUUGGCAUUAGACAAGUGUCCAAAUGAACCAACAUGGAAAUUAAUUGGAUUCAAUUAAAACCUCAAUCAUCCAGUUUAUCCUCCAUAGAAAGAGUUAAUCCAGUUUCGCCAUUUAUUUUAUUUACAAAGUGCAUUCUUAACAGUGAGGUUUGUAUUGGCAGUCUUCUUUUUUUUCAGAUUUCCUUUUGUUGCGGAUUCAAAUGUUUUGGUCCUGUGGUACAUUAUAGAGGUUAUAUAUUAACCUUGAAAACUGCAAGUAUUUUUUUUUUUCUAGUUCUAUAAUCUCUAUAAUUUCAAUGUCAAUUUUGCCCCAUCUCAAGCAUUUCUAUAUUUAAGUCCAGUAGAUGGCGCUAUUGGGUUGCUCAAAUACAACUCACACCCUGGUUGUAUUGUUCACAGAACAGGUGUCAACUAAAACGGUAUUUUUGCAUCAGAUGAUUACAACCCUAAGCAUCGUCUCUAAAACCCAAGGAUUUACAGUGGGAAAUAAAUAUCU